AUGAAGAGGCGGAAUAGAGAAGGGGUGUUCAAUAAUGCCAUCUACUCGAAAAUUGUGCGGGCCGCUGAGGAGACGGAUGUUCUAUUAGGUGUAGAAGAAGAUCUCGAGUUCAUAACAAAGAAGAAUCCUUAUGACAACAGUCGUGUUUGGAAUAAUGCCCCUGGAUCUGCUUCAGGAAGUGUGGUAGAGAACACGCUGCCUCCGAUGAGGCAGCCCGGGAGAGGAUUGGGACGACUCAGGAGAACUAACGACUUGUAGGUAAAAUUUUUGAAUCGUUUAUUCUUUGUUUAGUUUUGUAACGAAGACGAUAAAGCCGGGGGAGAGACGUAAAGCAAUAACGGAAACGGAAGAAUCAGAAGAGAGUCCGAUUUGUGUGCAGGAUGAUGAACCGAGGCGGAAGUAUAAUGUUGGAAACAACAUGACAGUGAGGAGCGAUUACAGAGAGGUCCAUAGACAUACGGACAUCUUUAAGAAGCCAGGAGUUCCGACGACAAAACCUCCCCGGGGUGCUUCGAUCUUCGAAUCAAUUCCAAUGAAAGAGAAACCACGGAAUUUGACUACGAGUAAUUUUGAUUCUGGAAAUUGUAGUAACAUUUCCCUGGAUGAAGUCGCUUCGAGGGUAUCAGAACAUCUUCCGAAGCUCCCUCUCAGAAUAGGACACCCGUUAUGUUAUGCUGAUUUGGUGUCUGAUCUCUGCAAAAAAAAUUUCAAAACCGACGAGAGUUCGUUAAAUAUAACCAAAGGAAGGAUCAAUACUUUGAAUGAGGUAGGAGUCUUUGUCUAAAACACCGUAAUCCAAAAAAUAAUUUUAGACUGUAGGUCGGGCGGCUAAAGCAUAUUCGGAGUACAUGAGGAAGGCGGAUAUGGCUCGUACCACUUCUGAAUUCCACACUGAGAGCCCUUUGACGCAUGCUUCUCCUCCAUCAACUCAGCAAAGUCUUCAAUUGGAAUCAGCCAGCAUGGUUUCAGGACGUAAGUAUAUUUUUUAUAAUGUUUAUUAGUAGGUAAUUCUGCUGAUAGAGUCUGCGGAUUUGAGAAACCAUUUAAAUUCUCGAGUCAGAAUUUCGGAGUUGAGAAUUCCCCCAGUGACGUAAGUUCCUCAUUGAGUUCAAAGAAGUCAAAUUCAAAUUCCUUCGCCUUUUAUGGUUUGGACGAUCUCCAAGAUUGGCCUGGAUCUGGAUCCAGAAGCUCUUCUGAUGCUUCUAAGUCCACUGUUAAGUUCCUAGAGCCCAGUUUUAUAGGAUAGACGAGUUAGAUAUAUAUGUUAUAUGCUGUUUGCACUUAGGUUUGAAGUAGUUUUUACGUUGUUGAGAUGUUUUUGUUAACGGGUAUUUGACAGGUUACGGUAGUUUUGUUUCUUGGUUAUUGACGUUGUUGAAAGUUCUUACAGUUACUUGUUUUUUGUUACUUUAAUAAAUGAUUAUAACGGGUUUUAUUAUGCCUUCGUUGGUGUUUUUCUCACUUCGUUAUCAUUUUUUUACCAUUUCCAUCUUAAUUUUUAGGCCUCUAUGAGGACCCUUGUUUUAGAUAAUGGGGCUGCAAAUAUACGGGCAAAUUAUUCAACGGAGGAUCUCCCGAUGUAAGUUAGUUUCAAACCUUUGUCUAAUUACUUAUAUUUGUUAUUUAGUGUUAUACCAAAUGCAAUAUUCAAAUUUCGAGCGGAAAAACGGAGAGUUUUUGUAGCAGACGAGAUAAAGGAUUAUAAUGAUCGGAGCAAAAUGUAUUAUAUGUUGCCGCAUGAGAAGGGUUAUCUGGGUGAGUAUGAAUACAUGUAUUCUCUGCCGAUUUAAUUUUGACUAACCCAAAUUUCGAAAACGGUGAUAGACAUGAACUCCAUGACUUUAACAAGUUUGGUCAGGGUUGAUUCUUUGGUGUAAGGCAGAAAAAUAUUUUUUUUCUUUCCUCGGGCACAAAAAAAAUUUAGAGAUUUUAAUUUCAGUUGUCGGAAAAGUCCAGGGCAACAAAAGUUUGCGUUUCUUUAUCACUACAUUGGAUGAAGUAAUAAUAAUUUGAGAAACUAUUCGUUCUACCCUGUUGCUUCUAAUGAUGCGCAAUUUCGUUGUUCACGUGGUGCUUAUAGCCCUGAAGGCAUUUUCUAAAGCUCCCUCUUAUAAUGAUGAAAAAAAUUUCAAAAUUUUGUAUUUUUAGCUUAAAUUAGCUUUAACGUAGCCACUGUUUAUGGUGUUUUUAUUGGGAAAUGUAAUCAUGUAUAUUUUCGUACGCUGGGGGUUUACGCGAUUCGAACUCAAUUUGGCUGGCUUUCCGGAAGCCUCAUCGAAACAUGUUGACAGAAAGUGCUUGAAAUGUUUCAGCUCGGGUUAGUACCUCAUAACGUAAUAAAUAUAUGGUAUACUGUAGUGUAUCUACCAGCUUUUUUUAUUUUUGAAAACUUUUGAAAUAAGUAAAAAAAAUCUUUGGGUACAGUCUUUACAAAAUCAGCGGGCAGGAGAUACACAGAUUUUUUCGCACCGAAGGGUAGUGGUAAGAGAACCGUAUGAUCUUAAGAAACAUUGCACUAGGUACCGAAUUCAGUUUAGAGAUAAUUUUCACCUCAUUUAGGUUAUUCCUCAAGCAUUAGGGCAAAAGAUCUUUUUUUUUUGCAAUUUUCUUUAAAAAUGCCCUCAGGGCUCUAUGCACCACGUGAACAACGAAAUUGCGCAUCAUUAGAAUCAGCAGGGUGUCACGAAUAGUUUCUCAAAUUAUCAUGGCUUCAUCCCAUGUAAUGAUAAAGAAAUGCAAAUUUUUGUUGCCCUGGUCUUUUCCAACAACUGAAAUUAAAAUCUCCAAAAAUUUAUUGCGCCUGAAGGAAGCAGAAAUAUUUUUCUGCCUUACACCAUACAAUAAGCUCUUGACCAAACUUGUUGAAGACGUGGAGUUCAUAUCUAUCACCGUUUUCGAGUUUUGGAGAGGUUAAAAUUAAAUCGGCGGAGUAUGUCUAACGUUCGUAAGAUGUUUUUUGUAGUGAAUUGGAAUGUCGAAUUUGAGGUCUGGGAUCGUCUCUUUGGAUCAGACGUGCUGAAUGUCCCAUUUGAAGACACGAGAUUGCUCUUGACUGAUAUUAAUUCAUUGUUUCCGGCAUUUAAGGAUAGCCUUGAGGAAAUCGUCUUCGAAUCAUAUCAAUUCCAAUCUUUGAAUAGAGCUUCAGGUAAUAACAAAUGGUCGAGUAUUUUUAUUCAAGUUAUUAGCCCCCAGUCUUAUUGCAACAUAUGAGUUGACCCAGAAGAAGAAUCCCUUCUGUAUGAUUAUUGACUCUGGAUUUUCCUUUACCCAUAUUCUCCCAUUCUUUGAUGGCGGUUUAAUAUCUAGUGGGGCGGUAAGGUGAGUAUAGUGUAAUAUACUUAUAUUAUACCUAUUUUAAGGCUGGAUUUAGGAGGAAAAGCCUUGACGAAUCAACUUAAAGAGUGGAUUUCUUAUCGUCAACUUGAUGUUAGAGAUGAGACCUUCCUUAUGAAUCAAUGCAAAGAAGAUAUAUGUUAUGUUUCCACGGAUUUCAAACGAGAUAUGGAGAUAUGUGCGAAGUAGGGGCUUUGGUUGUUUGCCUUAAUUGCUUUGAAUUACUUUUGUAGACGAACAUAUAAUGGAAACACGGUCGCGAGAGAUUAUUUAUUGCCCGAUUUUUUGAACCACCAUCGAGGAGUUGUUAUGGAACCGUCGUCCAAAGAGCCUCAGGAUCGGCAGAAGUUGGCGGUUAACACCGAGAGAUUCACAAUUCCAGAACUGUUGUUCUCCUCUUCUGAUAUUGGACUAAAUCAAAGUGGAAUCCCGGAGUCUUUUGCCCAAUCUCUGGCCGAGGUUGGAGCUGCAUUUCCCAGUAAGUUUUGACGGGGUACGGUUUGCUAUGCCUUUUCCUAUAAAAUUUCAGACGUUGCUUUUAAUCUUCCUUCAAACAUAAUAUGUGUUGGCGGAAAUACGAAGUUUCCUGGAUUCAUCGAACGAUUACACAAGGAGCUCCUCUCGUGGUGCCCUCAGGGCUCUAAGAUCUUGUUAAAUUCUCCAUCAGAUCCUUUAGAUUAUGCUUGGAGAUGUGGCCGAGAACUGACAGUGGUCAAGGAAAUGAUGAUCGAAGAUGGAUACAUUUCUAGGAAUGAAUAUUUAGAACACGGGGACUCUCUGUUCUACAAAAAGGCCAGCAGAAACAUAUUUUCGUUUUAA